GGUAUACAGUUUUGGGGCAGGCUUGUGUAUUUUUUCCUCGGGCUUGUUUUCACUCGGAGUUGGCUAAACAAAUGUGUGCCGUGGAGUCACGAGUCGGUGGAUCACAGUUCAGGUGGAUCUAGAUGAUGGACACGGAGAAGAGAGUCCAAAGGAGUACACGCGGACUACACGAGCAGAUUUCACCGCUGCAUUUCACGAAUCAGUAACAGCUAAACAUUUUCUCAGACUCGUAUGACAACAGCGGUCGGUCACUGGCCGCAGGACAGCGAGUGUGUGAUUGCCGAGCUUGAUUUGCUCCCUUGCUGCGAAGUUGCUCUCGCGCUUUUCCUGUUUAUAUGAGCUUCGAAUGCGUAACGAGCUUUACAUUGGCGAGACCACUUGUUGAAAUCUCACGAAACUAAGUUCAGUAUUGGGUGAAAUAAGAUUGAUUGAAUUUACCAUACAAGUGGGCCGUUUGAAGAGUCGAACGACUGUUGGUUAUCAUUUAAGUUACAGUUCGUUUGUGAUAUUUGGAUUGUGUCAUAUCGCUCAUUAGCUGGUGAACGUUAGCUGUCACGGCUGACUUUAUCCUGUACCUGACCGAGCAAUAUCAAUCAAUUACUCGCAUUUAGACAGUUAUAUCACCAACUGUCUAUCUUAAUUCAUAAAUAAUGGUGGGCUCUUAAAUAUUUAUGCGGAAUAACAAAAUAUAUACAUAAUUUAAAUUGUUCUCGUCAGAAUCUAAAGUAUUUAGCUCGCAAGCUAGGGUCGCUACUGAACUUGUUUCGUAAAUCCAAGUGAAAUAUUUAAGCUUUUCUGUUUGGCGUUGCACAGUAUUAGACAUUUUGUCCUAUUUCCCCACGAUACAAAGCAAGAGCUUGUUUAAGUUAGUGAUGCCAAACGAAACCGUCAUAAACGCUUGAAUAUUUAGCGAUGUCCAGUUUCCUGACAAACUUUUAGCAAAUUCGGCUCAUCGCCUUCAUACAAAUAUUGGCGUAUAAGUAUAAGGAACUCCUAUAUAUCAUCGUUACUUUGCACUUAAGAUGAAUUUAAGUCCAUUAAGUUGUUAAUAAUACGGUUUCAUCGCUUUUUCCAGCUCAUUAAUGGUGGCAAAGCUCUUGUCAUUAAAGCGACCUCGUCAAACCUCUCUAAAGCAUCUGGACUGCACCCUUACACGCAUUUCAGACAUGGAAGGACAACUUAAGCACAUUUGACUUGUAUAUCGACAACAUUCAACCUUCAGUUCCCUGCGAAGUUGAUCUCGAAACUCUGCGGCCCAACCAUGUCUGGAUCCCCGGGCUCGAGUGGCUCCAACCCGCGGAAGUUCAGCGAGAAGAUCGCGCUGCACAACCAGAAACAGGCGGAGGAGACGCGGGCCUUCGAUCAGCUCAUGACAGACCUCACCGUCUCAAGGGUGCAGUUCCAGAAGAUCCAGCAGCUCCGUCUGUCACAGAACCGGGCACAGUACUAUGGUGGCUCGCUGCCCAACGUCAACCAAAUAGGCAAUGCCAGCACUGAUUUCCAGGGGACUUUUCCCACCGGACUGGACUCUGUGCGAGGGACCAGACACCAUGGUCUGGUGGAAAGGGUACAUCGAGACCGCAAUCGGAUCAACUCACCACACCGCAGGCCCAUUGACAAGCACGGGCGGCAGGCUGAGAGCUCUCCAUAUGGAACGAUGUACCUUUCUCCUCCCCCUGACAACAGCUGGAGAAGAACAAACUCUGACUCAGCUCUGCACACCAGCGCCAUGAGCCCAAACCCACAGGAUCCUUUUGGCAAGAACCAGCAGAUGGGCAGAGGACCUCCUCAGCGAAACGCAAGCAUGAAUGAAGCAGAGGUGGACAGUACUGGAGACGUGUUCUCAUUUCCUGCUGUCCCUAAUGAGGAGAAUCUGCUUGGAGUGAAUAAGCCACUGCCCAAACAGUUAUGGGAGGCCAAAAAGGUGCAGUCUCUGUCCUCCCGGCCAAAGUCCUGUGAAGUGCCUGGAAUCAAUAUAUUCCCAUCUCCAGAGCAGAACGCAGGUUUGUCUCACUACCAGGGCACGCUAAACACUGGUGGGUCUCUUCCUGACCUCAGUAACCUGCACUUCCCCUCUCCGCUGCCCACUCCGCUGGACCCCGACGAGGCUGGAUAUCCCAACCUGAGCGGAGGCAGCAGCACCGGCAACCUCCCCGCAGCCAUGAUGCAUCUGGGCAUCGGAAACUCACAAGGGCUGUCAUCCUCUCUAAGCAACCCUUCCAUCCAGGCAUCCCUCACCAACUCUCAGCUGCACUCGUCUCUCAGCAAUCCAUCAAUCCACACAUCUCUGCGUCUCUCCUCGCUGUCCAACCCUCCUCCAACGGGCAUGGCGAGUUCACCCAGGAGACGGCCGGCCCCCAUUAGUCCCCUGACACUCUCUCCAGGGGGCGAUCAGAGGCGAAGCCUGGGCAAGCAGCUCUCCCCGACAAUGUCGCCCUCUCUGUCCCCGAUCACACAGGGGGUUGCAUUGGACACCAGCAACUUGCCGAUGGAGCCGCCCCCUCCCUACCCCCUUUACCAGCAAACCCAGCAGCCCCUGCAGCAGAGCUCCCAGCAUCCAGGGGUGCAGCAACGAGCAACAGGUGGCCAACAGCAGCAACAACAGCACCAGCCUGUGUCCCCGCUGCAGAACGUCCCACUCGACUUUAAUUCCAGCGCUCACAACAGCAUGGGAGCAUUUUUCAACGAUCCCUUUAUGGAGCAGCAGUUUUCUGGACGUCAGUCCAAGUGUUCGUCCUAUCAGCAGGAUCAGUAUAAUAUGUUGGAGAAUGUCAUGAGCUCUAUGGCAGGAGGAUUUGACCCUUCCUCCAACCUCUACUGCUCCCAGACUGCCCUCAUGGGCUUAGGUGGCAGUCAUGGCAACCUGCAAGACCACCUUCAGAUGAGACCCAACAUGCUCUACUCUAAUUGUGGAGGAGGAAUGCCCAACAUCAUCCUUACAGAUGACUCCAAUCCCAGCCUGUCUAAGGACAUCAGCAGUGUGUUGUCCGCAGUGCCAGAGUGUUUGGACUCAGAAGGAGUUUUUCCACUGGAGGAUGAACUACGUAUCGAGCCGCUCAGUUUGGAUGGACUGAGCAUGCUCAGUGACCCCGAUAUGGUCCUCCCUGACCCCUCAGUAGAGGACAGCUUUCGCAGCGACAGACUUUAAAGAGCCACAUCAUGCAUGUAUACAUACAUGCAUACAUACAAGUCCAUGAACAUGACGACUAAAGCACAGAACCUAUAGCACUCAGACUUCUAUAAACAUAAAAAGAUCUUUACAUUUUCCUAAAUGCAAAGCGCAUGCCUAAAAACACUACAUGUUGACAUAAAGUGAAUCAUCACGCUCGCAUGAGUCACCCAGAUGCCGUCUCUCAGUGGCCGCCAUUGCUCAGCAUGCUCCAUCUGCCUCCCAACACAUCGUUCAUCGCUCAGCAGAUGUGUGAAGCCAAUCUGGACGCUUCACACGUGCUUUGAUUUGUAAAGACAGUGAAACAAACAAAAAUUAACCUGCCGUGUAUCUACUCCUUGUGCCGAGUGACAAUCAGAACACAGGAGCCAUAGCAAUGCCAAACCGAUGACUGGAUCUUGCUGUUGCAUUGCUGGUCUAUUUCAAAGCCAUGCAACCAAAACAAAAUGAAUGUGCUUGUUUUACAUAUUGCUUUUGGAUGUUAUUAGAAGGUCACAGCAGCUUUCAGUGACAUUUCGAUAGCAGCGAAAGGAUGGGACGGUCCUGAAUGCGGAGACGGUGAGAAGAUGACAAUAUGACGUGUUAUGGAACAGAAGGAGUCGACAGCCGGCCUAAUACCAGCCCAUAUUGAUGCACCAAAUGCUGUGAUACGAGACACCAGCAGGAUGGGUUGAUCUUUCCCCCUCGCCACGCAACCCAAACUCUUUUUCAGUACCAAGACAGAACAUGUUCGGUGUGCUGAACCGUCUGGUUCGGGCUACUGAGUAGCAGACACAUCUAAAUUAACCAGCAGUCUCUGGUGUCACUGCCUGAAGCUUGGAGCAUGCGCUAAGCUAACCGCAUGAUAAUGCUGUGGUUUUCUAACCAAUCAGCGAUCAAUUUGCUGGCAUGUAGGUGAGCCAAAGCCACUCGUACACACUCAGUCCAUCCUUCAGAAUGUGGCCAGUCCCCCUUAUUCAAAUGACAGAAUUCAAUGAAUUACACCUCUCCUCCUGCGCAGUCACAUACUAUAAAAAGAGGAGGAGUGUAGAUGAUGUGUAUAGAGCAUUAUUUUGCAUAUUUUUUGUAUAAAAAGAUAAAAGAGAGCUUUGCCACAUAUAUAUGCCUCACAAUUUUCUGUCUGACUAGAAUGUAUUUUUGAAACAGAAAAAGGGCAAACUGUUUACAAAGAUAGUUUAAGAACUACGAAUUGUGAGUAGGCGCUGACAUUUUUAUGAUUUUUGGUAUAAAUCUAAAAGAAAAACCUUUGUAUAUCGCUGAUAUUGAUCCAGUCCAUAGUUGGCGAAUAGAAGCUUUGGCUAUGCAGAUCUUUAGCACAGGACUGUCUCAGAUGGCUGGAACAAUCUAGACCAUAAAAAGGAACUAUUUUAUUUGUACAUUUACUAUAUCUUUGUGGUUAUUUCAGAUUUUAUACAGACUUGUAAUGCGGCUUCUGAUAUGUCAGUUGUAUUUGUACUUGUAAAUCUGUUCAUGUUCUCUCCCUUUGAACUUUUGUUGUGGACGUCAUCUUUCGUGAACGUUUGUUGUGAUGGUAUUUCUCACCGUUGCUCAGCAUGGGACCUCUCUCUGCAGCUCUGAUCCUUGUGAGGGGUUUUUACGGUAAAAAAAAAACGUUGGGAUUUUAAAACGUCUUUAAGAGGUGUGAUCUGUGGACGUGGAACACAUGUAUCACUGUUAUUGCUCAUGUUGAAGUUUGCACUGAUCUGAACAAAAUUGAUCUUUUGGUUUUAAGCAGUAGUUUUUAUUUUGGCGAAGAUGUUAUUUGCGAUGACGCAAAGACGUUGUCUUUUAAGCAUGUUAUGCAUGUGAGGACUUUGAAAUAAAUGCAGUAUAUUUUGUGAAUUACUAUAUUCAAAUGACCAAAUAUUUUGAGAUGAAGAAAGAUAUCUAAAUAUAGCUCAGGAAUGCAUUUUUUUCACCAUAUCGUGAGUGGUUUUAUGCCCAUCUCUUGCC